AUGAAGGAGUUGGCUCAGCAAGUUGAAAACUUAUCAAUUACUGAAGAUGUUUCAGAAGAGAUCGUUAGGCUUUUCAGCGUGAGAGCCGGACUUCUGCAGCCAGCAUUAGAUGAAUGUAACAGUACUCAACUACUUCAAAAGGCAAUAAAGCUCUCUCAAAAGAAAGAGUAUUCUACGAGAUUGUACGAAGCAGUGCUCAAUGACACCGAAACUUUUCUAAACGGUCUACAAACUAUAGGUGAUGACCAGGCCGUUGUACUCACUAAUGUGCUAUCGAAUUCUAGCUCUGAGCCUAAACCUCCAGUAGUUCAGAACUUGUUGAAUUCUAUCAAGACAAUUAUAAAGCCCUUGAUAUUAGAUAAAGACACAGUAUCGAAAGUCAGAUUGUUCUUGUCAAUCUAUUUUUCCAUAGUAUCUCACUUUGGGAACGAAAGUGCCCAACAUCUUCACGUCUUGCUCAAAUUCAUCAACCCUAUUCCAGUCAUUCUCUCUGAAUCUGGGGAAUCGGACUACAAGACAAUCGUUUCUCUAGUUAUGAUGAUAUUGGUCAAGAAUUUGCAAGCUAACAAAAAAACUACAUGCGAAGUUAUCACCGAGUAUCUCGAGUUGAUCAAAGAAGACGAAAGUCCCACUGCAGCCGAAGUGUUGAACUACAUCGAAUUGUUAGAAAACUUAUACCCAUUGAUCCCAGAAGUAAUUGAACCAAUUUAUACAUGCGAUAAAUCCAAGAAUUUGAUAACCGCUGAAGUUGAUCGCGUUCUUGAAUCUGGUGGCAGGGAAUUGGAGUAUCCGAACAGACGUAGGGUCUGUAUCAGUAUCUUGAAUCUUAUAAGCAGUUCUUGUAUUUCUGAAACUGGCCGUAACUACAAUGUUUCCACUUUCUUGCAAUUAUUAAAAGCAGGAACAAUGCUUAAAGAUAUCGAAAUUAAAUUAUUGUCUACAUUGAAUCUUAUCAAGUUAUGGAACUUUAUAGAAUUGGAGAAGAAAUCGGAAUCUUCCGAGAAUGUGACGAUAACAAAUCUUGAAACAAACUUAACCAGCUACUUGCGAAAUUCAAAUGUCGCCGAAGAUGCACGAAAUAUUGAAGUUUGUGUAGAAGGUUUGGCAUACUUGAGUUUGAAUACAAGCGUAAAGCAGCACCUUAGACAGGACGAAGUCUUAAUAGAACUAUUGUUGAAGAUAUUGAAAGAUAGCUCAAGCGGGGCAAAGAAGCAAAGAAAUGACUCGUCCUUGGUUUACGGAAUUUUGGUUUUGAUUUCUAAUCUUGCAAAGUUGAAAGAUCCCAAUGAUAAGGGUUCAGAUAGAAGUACUGCUUCCUUUUUGAAGGGAUUCGCAACUCCUAGCGGUUCAAGAACGAAAGACAAAGAAGAAGACCAAGAUGCCAUCCAGUUGUUCAACAGAUCUCUAUUAAAGGACCACAAGAUUAUUGAGAUUAUCUCAGUUUUAAAGAUUUACAAGGAAGAGGACGGAACGGCACCACAGAUACAACAGAACAACUUACUAAGACAGUUCAUUUUUAUAUUGCAUACGCUUUCCAUGAACCCCCAAAGAGCAGUCAAGGAAGAAAUAGUCAAACAGGGAGGAUUAAACGUAAUAUUGGGCUAUCUCAUCAAAUAUAGCACAGUUAGUAAAGCCACAGGAGAAACUCGUCCAAUUUCUAGUUCUGCAGAACUUAUUGAUACGAGAAUGCUCGCGAUUCGAGCUUUGGCCAAAAUCUUGAUAUCUGUAAACCCUUCAUUAUCAUUCAAAAAAUAUGAUAUCAAAACAUCGGUUCCAUUUCUCGUCGAGCUAUUGGGUCCUGAUAUCUCUGUAUAUACUGGCUCACUUGAUACCCAAUCGGCAAACGAAAAGUACCUCUUUGACUUUACUAAUCUUGACAAGUACGAGUCGUUGAUGGCAUUGACAAAUCUUUCGUCCAAUGAGGAUACUCAAUUACAGGGGUUGAUACUUCGCAGAACUUACGAUACGUAUUUGAACAACUUUAUAAUUGAUUCAGAUAUCCCACCUGUCCAAAAAGCUUCUUGGGAGCUCAUAUCCAACUUGAUAACGCAAACAUCUUUACUUGCUAAAUUUUUCAAUCUAGAAGAUAAAGACAGCUACAAAAGGUUAGACUUGUUAAUUAAAUUGUUAAACUCCAAAGACGAAGAACUACAGAUAGUGAUUGCUGGUUUGUUGGCUAAUGCUACCUCUGAAUUUGAUAUGAUUUCCGAGAUCCUUGUGAAAGAUACGAAAAUUUUUAAGGACAUCACCAACACUCUUAGUUUCAUUUUUCAACAUCAAAAUAGUAUCGAUAACUUGAUAUUGCGGUGCAGCUACGUAUUGAUCAACUUGGUCUAUGCGGCUGCCAACUUGGGAGAGGAGAAGCUACAAGAAUUUGCUGAUAAUCAAAAGCUUAAACUGGCGGUCAACGAGACCUUGAAAGCAACAAAAAACCAGGGUAUCCUAGAAGUACUUAUUGAAGUCAUUAAGAUGGUGCGUUUUAAGUAG